UUGAGAAAAGCAAGCGAAAUAUUUCUUUUCGGAUUAUAUCAACGCUUAAUUUGUACUAGACUUUGGUGGAGUUUGUACGAAGUUCUUAUUUAAAAAAAAUGGACCAAAAUGAAUUUCGAAAAAGGACAAAGGAAAUGGUGGAAUACAUUUGCAAUUAUCUGAAACAUAUCGAGUCGAGAAGGGUAACACCAACGGUGGAGCCGGGUUAUUUAAAAAAAUUAAUAUGCAACGAAGCACCGGAAAAUCCCGAAGAUUGGGAUGUUAUUAUGUGUGAUGUCGAAUCAAAAAUAAUGCCAGGUAUUACCCAUUGGCAACAUCCUCGUUUUCACGCAUACUUUCCAUCAGGAAAUGCAUUUCCGUCUAUUAUUGCUGACAUGUUGUCCGAUGCCAUUGCUUGUAUGGGAUUUACCUGGGCCGCAAGUCCUGCCUGUACCGAACUGGAAAAAAUUGUCCUUGACUGGUUUGGAAAGGCAAUAGGUUUACCGGACGAAUUUUUAACAUUGAGUGAAGACAGUAAGGGUGGAGGUGUUAUGCAGGGUUCCGCCAGUGAUUGUGUAUUCGUAUGUAUGUUAGCAGCAAGGACCCAUGCUAUAAAACGCUUGAAACAGCGGCACCCCCUUGUAGAAGAGGGGACACUACUGUCCAAAUUGAUGGCUUACUGUUCAACAGAAGCUCACUCUUGUGUUGAAAAAGCUGCAAUGUUAUGUUUUGUAAAACUGAGAAUUUUGGAGCCCGAUGAAAAAUCGUCGCUUAGGGGACAAACUUUGCAAAUGGCAAUGGAAGAAGACAAAACAAUGGGUUUGGUACCUUUUUUCGUUUCAACCACUCUUGGAACAACAUCUUGUUGUUCGUUCGAUAAUCUUUCUGAAAUAGGACCCGUUUGCAAAAAAUUCCCCUCAGUGUGGCUCCAUGUCGAUGCGGCUUACGCAGGAAAUUCAUUUAUCUGCCCAGAACUCAGGCGUUUUCUUAAAGGAGUCGAAUAUGCCGAUUCUUUUAAUACAAACCCCAACAAGUGGUUGACGGUAGCUUUUGAUUGUUCUACCAUGUGGGUUAAAGACAGAAAUCGACUUACUUCGGCCUUCAUAGUCGACCCUUUGUAUUUACAACACGGUUACAGUGAUGCUGCAAUCGAUCAUCGACACUGGGGGAUUCCCCUCAGUAGACGAUUUCGCUCAUUGAAACUUUGGUUCGUUAUGAGAUGCUGUGGUUUAUCUGGUCUGAGAAAUUACAUUCGACACCAUAUUCGCUUGGCCAAAAAGUUCGAACAUAUGGUUAAGCACGAUAAGCGGUUCGAAAUUUGUAAUGAUGUUAAGCUCGGUCUGGUGUGCUUUCGCCUGAAAGGCAAUGAUAAGUUGAAUGAAAAACUUCUUAGCAAUAUAAACGCUUCGGGAAAACUUCAUAUGGUCCCA